AUGAAGCUCACCUACCUCGUGCCCCUCGCCGCCUUCGCAGUGACCGCGCUCGGCAGUCGCCCAACUCCUCCGAACUUGACGUUUCUGUUUAGUGCCAACCUGACAAAGGGAUCCGCAAAGAUCUAUGAUCAGUCCGAGACCGAGAUCAAGGCCUUGCAGACCCUCACCGGUGGAAUAAUUGCAGGACCUAACUUCAAUGGUCCGAUACCUCCGAUACCCAAAACUCUACUCCGCACUGUUUACGGCGGGACAGCGCUGAGUUCGAGCAGCGCUGAUGGAACGAUCCGAGCUGAUGCCCACUACUUAAUUGAAACCACUGACGGAGCCAAUAUUCUGGUUACGGAGAGUGCGGCUAUCCCUUACGUCUCCGUGCUUUUUGACACCAGUUCCGAGAAGUAUGACUGGCUCAACAAUGUUACGGCGUGGGGAACUCCACCGGAUCUGAGUUAUAUCAACUAUCUGGAGUACUGGCGGGUGAGUUGA